AUGGCGACCCUCAGGGGUUUGCUUCCCCCAAGCUCUAUCCUUUGUGGCGUUUUCCAGGCGAGCGGUUACACUCUUUCCCAUUUUCAUGUUGAUCACUCUCGGCCUGUUCACUUUCUAACCUCAUUAUCGCGGUUAUUGUGCUCGAGACUGGAAAUGCGGUCUAUCAGCCGUGCGAUGGGACGCAUAUCCUUCCUCCGCUCCAAACCUGUCCGGCUCUCGCCAUCAUCCUUGACGGCUUCCAUUCCUCAUCCCGAACUUGUGGAUGAGGAAAUCGGCCCUGGUUACAAUCCCAAACACUAUUAUCCAGCGAAACCAGGGGAAAUUCUUGCCAAUCAUUAUCAAUUGUUGGUCAAGAUCGGAUGGGGAGCGGGCUCAACUGUAUGGCUCGCACAAGACGUGGCAAGGCAUGCAGUAUAUCGAUGGCGGACUAAGCGUUUUGUAGCUCUAAAGAUUAUAAAUAACAACGAUUCUAAAGGCUCCUACUAUGAGCGUGAUAUUGAAGACCACAUUAGGCGACAAACCCCCUCGCAUCGCGGUCGUCCAGUUGUCCGCAGUUAUCUUGACAGCUUUGAGGUGGCAGGCUCCAUAGGAAAGCAUCUAUGCUUGGCCUACGAGCCCGCACGGGAGCCCCUCUGGAUUUUCCAAAAGCGGUUUGCGAGCGAUAGGUUCCCACUGUCAAUGGCUAAAGGAUUUGCCAAUGAACAGGCAGCUCAGUCUAUGCAGUGCAAAACUGAUCCAAACACCGGCCGGGUUGUCUAUCGCUGUCACAAUGACUUCGGGCGCCUUGAUUCAAGUGGACUAGGCAAUAUGUAUCCCCAAAUAACCGAUUUUGGCGCGGCCACUCUACUUGCUAAUGACAGUCAUGAUGGCACUGUCCAAUUUGGUACCCGUCCCAUACAACCUGACUAUUAUCGUGCACCAGAAGUUGUUCUUGGCUGUGGUUGGAGCUUUAGUGCGGAUAUAUGGAAUUUGGGAGUUAUGGCAUGGAAUAUUAUUGAAGGUACAGAGUUAUUUAGUCAGGUGCAGGAUGCAGAAGGAAAAUAUGAUGCAAAUGCACAUCUCGCGGAGAUGAUAGCACUGCUUGGUGUACCACCCAAGAAGUUGCUUGUAAUGUCGGAUUCCAUGUCACAGAUUGAGUGGUCCCCAGCCAUUACAGACGAGAGGGGCGGGAUCUACAAGAAUAAUAGGGAUUAUUUUGGUGGACCAUUUUUUGAUGACCACGGUAAAUUCCUCUACGACGAUCUGAUACCGACUCGAAAACUUGAAGAUACAGUUCCAUCUUUAGAACCAAGGGACAAAGAAGCUUUUUUGUCUUUUAUCAAACAAAUGCUUGCAUGGCUACCUGAAGAGCGAAAGACAGCUCGGGAACUGAUGGAACAUCCGUUCCUCAGCCAUUGA